AAACACGGACCCGAGAAAAGGGCUUCCGAUUAAACCAAUCCGAACCAACCCACCUGCCGUCUCCCCACUCGCAGCCGGCGAUCGCCGGAGAUGUCAUGGCUCGCACGCUCCAUAGCCACCUCUCUCAACAUCCCCGACGAUUCGGGGCCCGAUGAUGACCCCGACGCGGCCGUCGCCGCUGCCUCCUCUCCCUCUGAGCGCAUCCCGCCGCCGCCGCCGCUCCCCCACCCGCUUCAAUCGGCCGCGGCGGACGGCGUCAAGGAGGAUCUCACCGAGCUAUCCAAAACCCUAAGUCGCCAAUUUUGGGGUGUCGCCAACUUCCUCGCGCCCCCGCCCGGGGAGGCCUCGCCCUCACCUUCGCCUUCGUCCGCGGACGGUCGAUCCACCGCUGCGGAGACGCCCCCCGAGAUUGCGGGGAUCCGGAACGACUUCUCGGAGAUUAGCGGGAGGUUUAGGACUGGGAUCUCGCGGAUCUCUACCCACAAAGCCGUGUCGGGAUUCUCCACUAUGGCUUCCAAUUUCUUCGCUUCUGAAGACGAGGAAGAGGAAUUGGAAUUGCUGGAAGCGGUCAACAACGAGGGGAAGGAAGAUGUGAGGUUAAAUAAGGAAGCGAAUGAGGACGAGGUGAGGCAUGGGGCAGACGACGACGAGGUGGGGCAUUCGUGGGAGGAGAGGGUACGAUUAGUGGUGGGAGACGACGAGGCGAGACAUGAAUGGGAGCCAAGGGCAAAACACCAUGUGGAUGACGGCGUGGUAUGGCAUCAGGAGGCGGAUGAACCCGAGUUGAACAAUGAGAGGGUAAGACAAGAGGAGGAGGUAGAGGAGUGGGAUGCGAUUGGGAUCACCGAUGAGGUUCUCGCAUUCGCCACGAACAUUGCCAGUCACCCGGAGACCUGGCUCGACUUUCCUUUGCUCCCUGACGAUGAGGACUGUGACGGCCCAUUCUCAUAUUUUGACAUGUCUGAUGCUCAGCAAGAGCAUGCAUUGGCUAUUGAGCACCUCGCUCCUAGAUUAGCUGCUUUGCGCAUUGAACUAUGCCCAGUCCAUAUGAGUGAAGAAUGCUUUUGGAAAACUUAUUUUGUUCUUCUACAUCCUAGGCUGAGCAAGCAUGAUGCUGAACUUCUGUCAACACCACAGAUUGUGGAAGCUAGAGCAAUGCUUAUGCAAUGUUUGCAACACAAGUCAAAGCAUGAAACAGAGCAUAGAGGCAGGGAUGAUUUUGGAAUGCAUUCAGAAGAGGACGCCUCUAAACACAUCACAGAGGCAUUCCCAUAUAUGCGACAACAAUCAGCUGCUGUCAUCCCGAUAACAGAUUGUGAGAUUGAAAAACAUCCUAUCCAAGUAACUGAAAUUGCAGUGGUGGACAAAUCUGUCAUCAAAGAACAGCUGACUGAGGAUGUUACAAAGACAUCCAAUGUUUUGCAAGAAACCUUUGAUGACGACACAGAUGAUUGGUUUGAUGAGGAGGCCGAUCUUGCUGGGCACAGCACCAUUCUCAUAGGCGAUGAGGAAGAUGUAUCAUUCAGUGAUUUGGAGGAUGAUGAUGAUGAUGUGAAAUGAUUAUAAUUCCAUGCAACUUCAACAUGAAAGUUGGAUACCAGUUGAAAUUGUUUGUCAAUAGAAUGGAAGCUGUGGCAAUGAAAAGAAAGCGGCUUUGCUUUUGUUAUGACCGGCCCGGUUGGAUGUAGUGGUGUGAUCAUAUAGUUGGGUUGUCAUUCACCAGCAUCAUGGGCUUGUAAUUUUAUUGGUAAUCUCGUGUACAUAAGCACUCGUCAUGUUACCUGUCAGGUAAUACAAGUUCCAUUCGUUUGUU